ACCCACACGCACUCACAUCACUGUCAUCCUAACAACAGAGAACCAGUCACACCCCACCCCCUCGAUAUCACCUUCAAUGGUUUGUCUGACUGGUUUUUCUUUUCCUUUUUGUUUUUGUGUUUUUUUCCUCCUCACCCUCCUCCUCCUCUUCCACCUCCUCCUCCUCCCGCUCACAUUUCUCUAUGGUUUUCUCACAGCCCCUCUAAACACCACCACCACCACCAUAUUUAUUUAUUUGUCUUUCUGUUUCCCCUCUGUUGCUUUUCCUUCCUAGCUUUCUCUCUCUCUCUCUCUCGUCUUACCUAGUCUUUUCACAACUGGAACAUAAACCACACCACACCACACCACACCACACUGCACCAGUUUACACUUCAGCUACACUCGACACCUCUGACCACCACAGUUAUUAAACACUCCACGAGCGAAAACACCACAGCAGCGCUCUCUCUCUCUCUCUGUCCACAACACCUCACCACCAAGUUACGAUAGAGAAACACACACAACACUGUGAUAUAAAACGCCACAGCCCUCUACUCUACUCUACACCGCAUCACAAAUUUCUGAAGAAACUAUUCGCUUCACCCAGCCUGCCAAUGGGGUAAAUUGCAAUCAAAAAUUUGACUUUUGUAAUAUUUUCUCACAGUUCAGAUUACUCUGGGGUCGGCAUUUUAACCCUUGAUUUACCAGUGUGCCUGCAGGGAUCCGUUCGAAUAAGUAUCAGUUAUGUUCUAGGAUUUCUGUGUAUCUUCAAGCCACCCAAUUCUUUUUGAAAGUAUCUGUGGCCCUAAAAUCAUACCAGGUGCGAAGGUUGGAAAACAGACAGCCAUGGGAAAAAACGGGGCCAGUUUCCCGAGGAAGAACCUGGAUUCUUUCUGCUCUUCGUCUUCCUCUGUCGAGAUUAUAAGCGAAGAAAAGUUCUGUAAGAGGACGAAGAAUUCUGCAUCCUCGUCUCAGCCAUUGCUGUCGGCAUGUUCAAAUUGUUACAAGGAGAGAACAAAGUCGACAGGGAGCCGGCGGCACAGGCGUCAUAAACAGGUGAAGUCUAACUCGCCGAUAAUUAUUUGCCUCAAAGACUCGUUAGAUGCUGCCCGCAGGUUGAAGCAGAAGGAUGAGAGGGUGUACGAUAAAGAUUGCCAAGCUUCUACAACGACGAGAAAUAUUAUUACUACUACUACAAGGGACAAUGUUGGUGCUGGUCCAAUUUAUUCCAGGUUCCAAGAAGACAAAGGUAAAAAACUUCAGGCCCUCUUGUCUGAGAUAGAAAAGCCCAACCAAAACGAAGCUUGUGGGAAUAUUGUAAAGAAUCUAGAUUUGGACACCGGGCAGUUGUGCUCGGCCUGCCAGAAUUUGAACUCGUCCAGUCACGUACUUAACAAUGCACCGCACCGCACCAGGCGUAACGAGCGGUCAAGUCGGUCGUUGCACCACUUUCAGCAUAGUAAAGGGACGAACAACGUUGACGUGAUUCGGAAUGACUUAUUUAGGGGUGAUGGUCACGACGCCAACCCUGACUCGGAAGCUGCUGAGUAUGAAGACACUUCUUCUAUCUCUUCGAGCUCGGACAGCAGCAAUGCAUACGAAUGUGACAGCAUGCCUCGUUCUAGAGGUAACUGCAUGUCCAUCCAUGACGCACCUUGUUGCAGAAGGAUACCCCAGAAAAUAGCUUAUGGGGACUCCCUUGAGAAAUUGGCGCAAUUCACCACUGGUGCACCUCUGUAUUGUUAUGGGUCGGGCCUGCAGUACAGGUGUUCUAUGCAGGUGUCGAACCCCUGGUACCAGGAAGGGUACCACAACAGCAACAACAGCAAUCUGGAGGAGUACCAGUAUCAUGUCAAUAACAGAAGCUUUGAGGAGUACCCCUACGCUGACCAUAAUGCCAGAACCCCUCCUGCUGUCGUCUCAGUCAGCGCAGAAGAUGCGGGUCUGUCGUCGGACUUCUCGACAACUGACCAUGACUCCAACAGGGAGUCGGAGUCACCGCUGACCAGUGUGGACGAAGGGGACGCCGACAGCAACAGUGAGAUCGAUAAUAAUCCGGACUCUGAAAACCACCAGUGCGUCGACUGUGUCUACGUUGAUCUUACCGACACUGAUGUCACUUUCUCGGUUUACUACCAUGAAAAUCUAUUCCAGCUUUACAACAGCUACAAGGAAAAAAAGAAACAGAGGAGGGCCACUUCUUGGGCCAUCCCCUCCUGGGGCACGCCGCUGGGCUUCACAAAUGCCUCCUCAUCCUACUACCCUUACACCACCUCAUGGCCGUGGCCCUAUUGGUCCUCCAUGUUCUUCCCGAACAGUUCGCUGCCCAAAACGGUGAUGAUACCCCCAAAAGAGCUAAAGAAAUUCAAUGUAACGCAGCCGCCGCAACGUCAAUGGAUCCCUGUGCAGCAGCGCGACUGUUCCAGACCAACAGCUGUGUUCACCGUGAUGUGUUACAACGUACUCUGUGAUAAAUACUGCACCAGGCAGCUGUAUGGUUACUGCCCCACCUGGGCCCUCAACUGGGAGUACCGAAAGAAGGGCAUUAUGGAUGAAAUCAAACAUUACAGAGCUGACAUCAUCAGUUUGCAGGAGGUGGAAACUGACCAGUUCUACAACUUCUUCCUACCUGAACUGAAGAGAGACGGUUACAAUGGAAUCUUCUCACCAAAGUCACGGGCUCGCACCAUGAGUGAACAGGAAAGGAAGCAUGUUGAUGGGUGUGCUAUAUUCUUCAGGGAAGCCAAGUUCCAUUUCAUUAAGGAAUAUCUGAUUGAGUUCAACCAGCUGGCUAUGGCUAAUGCCGAGGGCAAUGAUGAUAUGCUUAACAGGGUGAUGACCAAGGACAACAUUGGACUGGCCGCUCUCCUUGAGGUCAAGGAGCCUCAUUAUGAAACUGGAAUGCCAGCUGAUCGACUCCGGGGUCAGCCGUUGCUUGUAGCCACGGCCCACAUCCACUGGGACCCAGAAUACUCCGAUGUGAAGCUUAUUCAGACAAUGAUGCUGAUGUGGGAGCUAAAACAGAUCAUCGAAGACACGUGCCGGGGUUACGGCUUGACUGCUCCCACCAUCGACUGCAAUGCCAUUCCUUUGCUCUUGUGUGGAGAUCUCAAUUCACUGCCAAAUUCAGGAGUUGUGGAGUACCUAAGUACAGGGAAAGUAGCAGCUGACCAUCUUGACUUCAAGGAGUACGCCUAUCGUUCUUCGUUGCGCAAGAUAAGUACUGCUGAAGGAAAAGAUGCCUUGUCUCACAGCUUCCGCCUGUGCAGGGCCUACCAAGGGGACACAAUGCCAUUCACUAACUAUACAUACGAAUUCAAGGGUGUCAUUGAUUACAUCUUCUACUCGCGGGAACACAUGAACCUGCUCGGCCUUCUGGGGCCGCUCGACGGAGAAUGGUUUCGCGAGAACAAGGUUGCCGGCUGCCCGCACCCGCACAUCCCCUCCGACCACUUCUCGCUCUUUGUCGAGCUCGAGAUGCCGGUACCCGUCCCGAACGGGCGCGGCAUCGGCCCGGGCCCUUCUUCUGCUGUCUCGCCGAUGUGCCCCUCGUCCGGCGGCGGUGGCGGCACCUCUAACAUGACGGUGGGAGGAGCGGCAGGAAUUGUCGGCGGCGGAGGAGGAGGCGGCAGUGGAAACGGCGGUGGCGGCGGCAACAACAACAACAACAGUGGCAGCGGGGGUGGCGGCAGCGGAAACAUGAACAACAGCAGUGGUAGUGGCAGCGGAGGUGGCGGCGGCAGCGGAGGUGGUGGCGGAAGCGGAAACAACAACAACCUUCACAUGAAAGUGAGAUAGUGCCUCAACGAGUGACUUCACCACCACUACCACCACCACCACCACCACCACUACACCACACCACCACCACCACCAAAACCUCCGCGACCACCACCACCACUACCACCACCACUACCACUACAGUAACAGCUCACCUCUUCCCACUACCGCGAAUUUCAUCGCCAUCACUAAACCACCAUCAUCACCGCCGCCGUCGUCGUCGCCAAGAGCAACAACAACAACAACAGCAGCAGCAGCAGCAUCACUGUCGUCGUCAUAACAACAACAACAACAUCGUCGUCGUCGUCAUCAGCAACACUCGCUGUCAUCGCCAUCGUCAUCACCACCACCACCACCAUCAUCAUCAUCGUCAUCGUAGUCGUUAUUGUUGUCGUUAACAUCCCAAGCAAAAACUUACUACAAGGCAGCAUCGCCUCCCUCUCACCCUCACCCCACCCCCCCCCCAACAAACUCUCGUCAUUCGUAUGUAUGCCCUCCCCCCAACUCCCCAUUCCACCACGACCACCACCAACCAUUAUUGUCGUUCAUCAUCAUCAUCACCCUGGAAAUGUCAUUCAGCAAAGGAGCUUGAGAUAUCUGUCUGUGUGUGUGUGUGUGGUGUAUGCAUAUAUGUGUUUAUG